GGAACAUUAACAGCCUACUCGUUAAAAGUCCAAAAAAGUUUGCCGCGAAAUCGCCCGGUGUUGGGGCAAGCUCACAUUUAAAUCCUUUGUUACUGUCCCUACUAUCGAAUUGGUUUGUGUAGAAGUUCAAACGAAUUAUACAUACAUUGCAAGUUAAAUUAUAAGAGUCUAGAGCACUCUGCUUCCUCAGAAAGUCCAGAGGAAUGACAAUCGAAGGUCCCCCAGCUUGCUGGAGGUCCCCCUUCCCGUUCUCCGAAUACGAAUUCCCGUAACCAUAAAAUCGGUUUAGAACCCUUGAAUAAACUUUUAACCUAGUCUUAUGAAAAAUUAUUUGCCAGAUGCAUGCCAUUAUUCGAGAUGGUGGUGCCGUUCUUGUCCAUUGUGUUGCGGGUGUUAGUCGUUCAGCAAGUAUUUGUCUUGCAUAUUUGCUCAAAUAUCGAACUCGGUCAUUACGUGAUGCUUACCAUUUAAUGUGUGAAAAACGGCCUUUAGUUAGACCAAAUAUUGGAUUUUGGAGGCAAUUAAUUCGUUAUGAACAGUUGAUCAAAGGUAAUAUUGGCUCAGUGCGAAUUGUGAGAGAUGAGGCACAGCCUGAUAAAUUACUUCCUGAUGUUUACCUCAAAUCUGUCAUUCCUGAUAAAUAUAGCCGUCCAUUGUCUCCCACAAAUGUUGGUGAGGAUUCUUCUGUUCAUCAUUUAAAGCCUAUGGCCGAUGAAAGUUAUUUGUCUGGACAUACUUCUGGUUCGCAUCGACGUCGUUCUUCUUCUGGUGGUUCAGAUCGUGUUCGUUUUGUUCCAGUUUUGGAGCCUUUAGCUGAACUUGCCGAAGCUGCAGGAUAA